AUGAGUCGGCCAUCUGCCAAGCUCUGCGCCGAGUGUUUCCCGGGCUCCUUGCGGCCGUCCCGGGCACUGCGGGGCGUUGGUGUUGCUCGUGAGAGGACAUACAACGCUGCUCAGCGCAGUGGGAUCUCCUCUGCGGCUGCACGUCGGGAUAGGACCUCGCCAUGCACUUUUUCUGCCGGCAGAUUUGUGGGUGAGCAGUCACCAUUGCGAUCGACGCAGAGGGUUCGGGGCCUGGCCACUACUAGCGAUGCGACAGUAAAGGAGGCUGAGGUGGAGAAGGUGUCUGGACCCCCGCAGGAUGGACCGAUGAAGGAGUAUGACGACCGCGUGCAGGAGGGUCGUUUGCGCGAUGACCCGUACCAAAGAGCAAUUAUUCAGAACCUGCAGAACUUAUACGAGGCUCUGAAAAAUUAUACUCCUCCUGCCGUCAUUCAUCCAUCUGUCCAGUCCUUGGACCCCGAACCUGAACGGUCUUUCUUUGCCUCGUUGUUCAGCCGUGGUGGCAAAGAAGCGCCAAAAUCGACGAUUCCCGAGUCCCUCCCCAAGGGUCUGUACAUGUUUGGCGACGUUGGGUGUGGAAAGACCAUGCUUAUGGAUCUGUUCUUCGAUACCCUGCCUCCCAAUAUCAAGACCAAGACUCGCAUUCAUUUCCACAACUUCAUGCAGGAUGUACAUAAGCGCAUGCAUGUUGUCAAGAUGAAGUAUGGUAACGACUUUGAUGCAUUGCCUAUGGUUGCUGCAGAUAUCGCCGAGACUGCUAGUGUGCUUUGCUUCGACGAGUUCCAGUGCACUGACGUCGCCGAUGCGAUGAUCUUGCGGAGACUCCUGGAGAUCUUAAUGUCACACGGUGUUGCCGUCAUCACAACCUCCAACCGUCACCCCGACGAUCUGUACAAAAACGGCAUCCAGCGUCAAUCAUUUAUUCCCUGCAUCAACCUUCUCAAAAGCCAAUUGAACGUGAUCAACCUGAACUCCCCCACGGACUACCGCAAAAUUCCUCGCCCUCCUGCCGCAGUUUAUCACAACCCGCUUGGCUCAGACGCAGACGCCCACGCUCAAAAAUGGUUCGACUACCUAGGCGACCCAAUCAAUGACCCACCCCACCCAGCAACCCAAGAAGUUUGGGGCCGCACUAUCCAAGUGCCUCUAGCGAGCGGCAAAGCCGCGAAAUUCACCUUCAACCAGCUGAUUGGCACAGCCACCGGUGCAGCAGACUACCUCGAGCUCGUCCGCCAUUACAAUGGCUUCAUCAUUACUGACGUACCAGGCAUGAACCUAAACCAACGCGAUCUGGCCCGCCGGUUCAUCACCUUCAUUGACGCAGUCUACGAAAGCCGCGCGAAGCUCGUUCUUACCACCGAAGUCCCGCUGACGAACCUCUUCCUCUCUGCGGAUGACAUCAAGGGGUCGAUGAAGGAUGGUGAUCACUCUGACCUGUCGGAUGCCAUGCGCAACCUCAUGGAUGAUUUGGGUAUGUCUGUGCAGGCGCUUAAGAAUACGUCUAUUUUCAGCGGUGACGAGGAGCGCUUUGCCUUUGCACGUGCGUUGUCCAGACUUUCGGAGAUGGGGAGCAAAGAGUGGGUUGAGCGGGGCAUGGGUGUUGGUAUGAGUGAGCAGGGGAGCAAGGAGGAUCGAGAGGCUUGGUUGAAGACUCGGAGUCAUUGGAGUGAAGAUAACAUGUAG